AUGUUUGCAGAAGGAUAUUCUCUCUAUACAUACAUUUAUUAUUUGGGGUUGUGAUUACUCCAUUUCUAUUUCAAAGCUUUAGGAAAAUACGAUUUUGACAGCAGUUGAAUGCGCUUGAAAACGGCGUUACGUACUGAUCUCAGCCACCUGAAACUGGGGUCAAAAAUGAGACUUCCAGGUCGGUGCUGCUCCCCGCUCCACCAGCUUCAGGUGAGCUCGUGUUUGGCUGCCCCUCACCUGCCUCUGGCAGGAACCUCUCCCCGUCCCGAGGAUCCCGAAGCUCAAAGGCUGCAGUUUCAGGAGUGCUGACCUGGGCAGCUGAAGGUGGCUGGGUCUUCAGGGCACAGUGAAAACCUCUUGCAAAGCAUUUCUUGAGAUCUACUAACCGAGAGGAUUAGUUGCGUGUGUGUUUUUUUUUAAAGUAAUUACUUGAAUAAAUGUCUGCUCUCCAAACUUACAGGCCCCUUGGCAAGGAGCUGGGGCUUUAAUAUGUGAAUGAAUAAACUCUUUUGCAGCCUGACAGCGUGUACCUGCAGCAGCAGUAAAACCACAGCAGAAAUAAACCGACGUAACCAGCCCGACAGAGGGAUCAAAGUCCCCCGGCAGCUGGGGAGGGGGCCCAGCGCCUUCAUCCCCGUGGAGGAGAUCCUGCAGGAAGGCGUGGAGAGCAGCCGGCGGCAGCUCCUGAUCGAAGCCUUCGUCUCGGCGGGGCGGGUGGACAACAUCACCAUGGUCAUGGGGCUGCACCCCCAGUACCUCAGCAGCUUCUGGAAGACCCAGUACCUCCUGCUGCGCAUGGACGGGCCCCUGCCCUACCACAAGCGCCACUACAUCGCCAUCAUGGCAGCAGCCCGGCACCAGUGCUCCUACCUGGUGGGUCUGCACAUGGGGGAGUUCCUGCAGGUGGGGGGCAACCCGGCGUGGCUGCAGGGGCUGCACUGCGCCCCCCAGAAGCUCAGGAACCUCAACGAGAUCAACAAGCUGCUGGCACACCGGCCCUGGCUCAUCACCAAGGAGCACAUCGAGGCUCUGCUGAAGACGGGGGAGCACAGCUGGUCGCUGGCGGAGCUGGUGCAAGCCCUGGUGCUCCUCACCCACUACCACUCGCUCGCCUCCUUCGUGUUCGGCUGCGGCAUCAACCCCGAGGCGGAGCAGGACGGGGGGCACAGCGGCAGGCCCCCCUCGCCCCACGGCGACAGCAGCCCUGCCUCUGAGGACAGCAUGGGGUGCUCGGGGGGCAAGGACGCCCUGCAGGAGGUGGAGGCGCUGAUGGAGCGAAUGAAGCUGCUGCAGGAGAGCCAGCAGGAGGAGGAGGGCGUCACGCAAGAGGAGAUGGCCACGCGCUUUGAGCUGGAGAAGACGGAGAGCUUGCUGGUGGCUCCCUCGGACCUCGCCGACCACUCGCUGCAGUCCAGCGUCCUGUGCUUCGUGGAGGACCCCGAGUUCGGCUACAAGGACUUCACGCGGCGGGGCGAGCAGGCGCCCCCCACUUUCCGUGCGCAGGAUUACACCUGGGAGGACCACGGCUACUCGCUCAUCAACCGCCUGUACCCCGACGUGGGGCAGCUCCUGGACGAGAAGUUCCAGGUGGUUUACAACCUCACCUACAACACCAUCGCCAUGCACUGCGGCGUGGACACCUCCAUGCUGCGCCGGGCCAUCUGGAACUACGUCCACUGCGUCUUCGGCAUCCGGUACGAUGACUACGACUACGGGGAGGUGAACCAGCUCCUGGAGCGCAGCCUCAAGAUCUACAUCAAGACGGUGGCCUGCUACCCGGAGAAGACGACCAAGCGGAUGUACGCGCAGUUCUGGAGGCACUUCAAACACUCGGAGAAGGUUCACAUCAACCUGCUGCUGCUGGAGGCUCGCAUGCAGGCGGCUCUGCUCUACGCCCUGCGCGCCGUCACCCGCUACAUGACCUGA